UCCGCCCUAGGACUGACCCUGUUGGUUUAUGCCAUUCACCCCGAUCGCACAAAUGCUUCUGUGGACGCCUACUGCGUGAUGCCUGACUUUUGUUCACACGAGGAAGACGGGAGGGGAUGGACGGUGUUUCAGAGAAGACAGGAUGGCACAAUAAACUUCUACAGGCCCUGGCAGGAGUACAAGGAUGGCUUCGGGAAUGCGUCUGGGGAAUACUGGCUGGGACUAGAGAAUCUGUACCAGCUGACCAGCCGGAAGAGGUAUCAGCUGAGAGUGGACAUGGAGGACUUUGAGGGCGGAUUUGUCUACGCGCUCUACUCCACCUUCUAUGUCGGGUCGGAGGAGGAAGGGUACAAGCUGACCGUGGGCGGCUUCACUGACAAAGGUGCUGGGGACUCUCUUUCUCAGCACAGUGGGAUGAAGUUCUCGACCUUUGACCGAGACCAAGACGCGUAUGGUGGAAACUGUGCCGAGCUCUAUCUGGGAGGGCACUGGUACGCAGAGUGUCACACCUCCAACCCCAAUGGGGUCUACCUUUGGGGCACUACAACCCACUAUGGUAUUGGGGUAAAUUGGCGUCAUUUUAAAGGAUACCACUACUCCCUUAAAACCAUUACUAUGAAAAUUAGACCAACUUAA